UGGAAAAGGCACAAACUGACUGAUAUACAUAUUAAAAGCAGGAAGGUACAAUAUAGAUAAGAUGGUAAUAUGUAAAAGAAGGACAUAAUCAGGACACACAAAUGGGCGAGAGAGUAGAACCUUUGGUGAAACAGGAAAAGUAGUCUCAGAAGAAUUGUACGCUUCUAAAGCUAAAAUAAAUUUCAUCCUUGAUUUUCUAACAGUUCUACAUGAGCAUAUGAUCUAUUGCACAAGGCGUAUAAUUUAGAGAGCAGCAUAUUAACAUGCCGUAGCAUUAUUUACAGUCAUAUAUAUAUUUAUAGAAGUCAAUAUACCAGAAAGUCGAGUUGUUUUAGCAGACAUACCUACGGAGCAUAUUUCUCAACAAGCCAGCCUCUGGACGAGUGCUACGGAUUUUUAAAGCAGGAAAUAUUCUUUCUUGUUGACGGAAGGAUCCCCGAGUGGCAGGAGCAACUCUUAUCCAAAAUUAAGUUUUGAAUAAUACAAAGAAGAACUUCAUCUCCAGAUAAGAACUCCAGUCCACAUUUGAUCUAGUGUUAUUGUUAAUAUCGGCAAGCUUCAUCAUGGCAACUUCAUCUAUCCGCCGACAAAUGAAAAACAUGGUCCAUAAUUACACCGAAGCUGAGGUUAAGGUACGAGAGGCUACUUCAAAUGAUCCAUGGGGUCCUUCUACUACUCUAAUGUAUCAGGUAGCUCAAAUGACCUACAAUACAGAAACUUUUUCUGAAGUAAUGAUGAUGGUCUGGAGAAGACUAAACGAUAGUGGGAAAAAAUGGCGCCAUGUGUACAAAGCAUUGACACUACUGGACUAUCUAAUCAAAAAUGGAUCAAACAAGGUGUAUCAGGAGUGUCAGGAGAAUCUCAUAAUGGUGCAGACACUGAAAGAUUUUCAGUUCUUGGACCGCGAUGGGAAAGACCAGGGAAUUAACAUACGAGAGAAAGCAAAACAGAUUGUAUCACUUUUAAAAGAUGAAGAAAGGUUAAAACAGGAGAGACUUCAAGCACAGAACACAACUAGAAGAAUGUCCCAAAGCCUUUCAGCAAUCAGCAGCAACAAAAAGCUCCCCUGCAACCAAGCUCACUACAACUCUUCACCAAGGCUUCAGUCUGAUCUUGAGCAAGCAAGACCACAAAGCAGUGGGGAAGAGGAGUUGCAACUACAGCUUGCCAUAGCUAUGAGCAAAGAGGAGUCCGAAAAGCAAGUAAUUCCUUCAGCCCCUGAUGCAAAUGAAGAAAUGCAAUUGCAAACAGCCUUGAAUUGGAGCAAAGAAGAAUAUGAAAAGGAGAUGAGAGCAUCUAAAACUGAAAAUACACUGUUUGAAGAUCCUUCAAAUCCCAACAACUCCUCCGUGGUACAAAAGGAUCAAGAUGCCUUGAAGAAAAGUCAGACCCCUCUCGUGGACCUUUUUGAUUUAUUUGACACACCUCAGUCAUUAAACACUGCUAAUGUGCAUGGUGACAUGUUUCUGAAUACGGACCCGAUAUUGUCAUCUGGAUCUUUGUUUCCACCUACAGAAAAAACAAAUUGCAAUACUACUGCAAAUCCGUGGGAUCUAAACACAAAUACCAGCAAGCUUAAAGAAGAUUAUAUGAGCCAAAGCAUUGUAUUUGGCAGUGAUAGCACAUCGACUAUGAAGGAGCAGCAGGUCACAAGUAAUUCAUGUAUGGAAUUAUGGGACCAUACGAUAAGUGACCAACACAUCUUUGAAAAUUCCAGCAACAAGAUAGGUUUGCAUAAUCAAGACAUUAUAGAAGAUCAAAUCACUGAUUCCCCAAAGAAACUUAAUUCUCAAACUCCUUCAUCAUUUCUUAGCCCUGAAGCUCUAUCACUGGUUAAUUUAGAUAGUCUUGUUACAGGAAGCAGUGUAAAGAACAAAAACCCAUUUUUCUCUGGAACGAGCGCACCAUCAUCAAUAAACCCAUUCCAACACAUGGAUCAAAAACCAUCUCUUAACCAAGUGAGGGCCAUUUCUCCUGCUCCAGGCUUGACAGCAAUUCCUUUCACACCAAUGUCGAAUGUCCAUCCAAUGUCAGCAAUGUCUGCUGAAACUAUACUUAAUAUGAAAUCAAUCUCUUCAAGUUCCUUCUUCAUGCCAUCUGUCAAUCAACCAUUGAUACAUUUUCAAAGCUCUUCCACCUCUCUAGGCCAUCAUUCUUUUGGAAACUUCCCAAACAAUCAGUCGUUAAUUCUAAAUCCAGUUCCUACAAUGCUCCCUCAAGGAGUAGCAUCUCAUACUAGCUUUGCCAGUCACCAGGAUGAGAACAAUCCUUUUCUUUAAUUAUGGGCUAAGAUAAUCACAAGCCCAACAUUUCUUCUAUACAUUUACUUUUGGCUGACAAGACCUUUUUUUUGUUUUUUGGCAUACAUCAUGUAAAAAACAGAGACAAUCAUGAUAAAUCUGUGUAAUUCGUACCUCCCAACAUUUCAAAUGAACAAAGAGGGACACUUUAAUUUUAGUUGUGUGAGUGGGAUUACUUAUUAAUAACAAAUAAUGCAACUUCAAUUGAAUUUAGAACUAGAACAACAUAUCUUUUUUGCACAGACUUAUUUCUAAACAUAUUUAUUGCAGUUUGAAGACACAUAGCCGUAUUGUUGCUGUGAAGCUCUGUUAUACGCCAAGACACACUAACAAUAUGGAGCUCAAAGAAAAAGGGUCAUUAGGAUAAAAGAGGCAUUUGGGCCUAACAUAGGAAUAGUCCCUCCUAAAUAGGGGCACAUGGGAGGCAUGGAAAUUGGUAGUCUUUGUGCUAG